CUGUUGAAAAUACUUAUGUAUUUAAAUAUGUAUUUGUAUUUGUAUAUGUGCAUAUAAAAUGCACUCAUAAGCUUAUUAUACUUUAUUUACCAGCUUCGCAUAAUUGUAAUACUUAUAAGCAUAUUCUUGAUACAUUAAACAGUCAGUCCACUCAUAAACCUCAAACCGUCGUGUUCUUUAUUCUCUCUCUACAUGGUAGCAGAGCAAGGUUACUGCUGUAGUGUCGGGUGUCGGAAUUAAAUAAAUAAAAUAAAAAUCAAAAGUGCAAAAUCUGCUGUAAUAAUAAAAAUAAAAUAACGCUUCAAGUAAGACUUUGAAUUAAUAUACAUAUACAUAUAUAUAAAAUUUAUAAGUGAAAUUAUAAGUUAAAAUGGAAAAGGGUUUUGAAGUAGAGAAACUCAAAGGCCAGGAAAAUUUCCACAACUGGUGUUUCGCAAUAAAAAAUAUAUUAGCAUUCAAAGGUCUGCAUAAGUGUAUAACCGAUCCUGUCACAGAAACAAACGCUGAGAAAUUAACUAAUUGCAAAGCCCUGUUAGCUCUAAGCGUAGCGCCAUCGCUGUACGUUCACAUAUCCAGAUGUGAAACAGCGCUAGAAAUAUGGCAGAAACUAAAAAAUCUGUAUGAGGACAAAGGCUUAACAAGAAAAAUUGGGUUAUUAAGAGGCCUGAUCUCUUGCAGAUUAGAAGACUGCGAGAACAUGCAAUCAUACAUUGAUAGAAUUAAAGAUAAUUCUAAUAAAUUAAAUGAAAUUGGUUUUGAGAUAAAUGAGGAUUGGCUGACGGCGAUAGUAUUGGCUGGUUUAACUGAUGCAUAUAAACCAUUUAUAAUGGGAAUUGAAGCAUCAGACUCACAAAUAAAAUCAGAAACAAUAAUCGCUAAACUGUUGGACUCUGAUACCAACACAACCACAAAAAGUGAUGCAUUUCUUAGUAAAAAAAGGUACGAAAAUAAGCAAAAAUACUUACAAAAGAAAAAAUGCACAACUUGUGGAAAGAAACAUGCAGGGGAAUGUCACUACAAGAAAAAUAAUGCACAAAAUGGCACAGCAAAAAAUGCAUUCACAGCGUUAUUAACGAAAAGAAAUAACGACGACUGGUAUCUAGACAGUGGUGCAUCGUCUCAUAUGACACCAAACGAUAAUUUGCUCACUAGCAAAAAAAAUUCACUCGUUGACAAAAUAAUGUCAGCAAAUGGAACAGCUAUGACAGUAAGUUGCGUUGGCAAAACAUCACUGAAUAUCAACGGGCAAGAAAUUGUAGUUAACGAAAUUCUACACGUGCCGAUUUAUCAGUAA